UUUCGGGGCACACUACUUCCCUCGUUCAGAAGUUGAGGACAUCUUCUCUGUUAUUUGCCAAUUACCCUUGUGGAGCUUUGCUUUGAAUUGAUGAAUUCACGUCUUUCAGUGUGUAUUGGGUCCAAAUCGUGUUCGGAUUCUUUUACUCAUUGAGUGCUUGUUGAUUUAUUUUAUCUGUAGGAAUUCUGGUAAUAUGAUUUAUUGUUUGCGCGUACAUCAUUUCCAAUAUGAUAUCUGUCUGCAUGCCUUGUAUAGGCCUCUGGCCAUGCACGUCGUGUGACGGUUUGAUUAUUGAGUAUCGAGUGCUUUUAAUCGGCACCUUAUAAUUAUUAAAAGAUGAGAAAUAUUUGAUCAUCUGCUUAUGCAUUAAUUUCCAUUUAUUGGGACGAUCCCUAGCUACUUCUGUAAAUGACUCUUUUGUCUAACGUUGGAAAUUGAGGCAGUUAAAACAUGAGUGGUUUCGUUAUGCCUGUAUGCUGCUUCUUGAUUUUAAGUAUUCCCUGAAAGUACACGAGAGCGUUGGGGAAAAAGCUGAAAUUGGGUAAAAGAAGAGUAUCGAAAACAUUUCUUUUAGUAUUUUACUAUUCUUUGUUGGUUAAAUAAUGAUUUUUGCAAGUUAAAAUGAUAUUUACCAUUUUCUUCGGAGAGAACCGAUGAUUUGUUAGGGGUUGUAUGCAACUCUCCUACUUUUAUGCAUCUCUGCUGCUGAAUAUCACUGUUACUCGAAUGCUUUGGAUCGUAAGCCUAUUAAUACUUGUCGAGUUAAUCUUCUUAUCUCUGGCUGCAGUAAACGGUAUCAACAGUCAUAUGGGUUUGCUUGGCAAUUAAAUGCUCGUAUCUUAGUGACCUUAGGCAACAUCUUUUGUGGAUUCCGGCUUGAACUUUCUCAAGUCAUUCAGAUGAAUAGUUAUUGAUGUGUACUUGGAACCGACAGGGUAACAGCAAUAUGAUACUGUUACCCCCUAUUAGGGUAGUUUUAUCUCCUAGUGAUGAUACAAGAAGCAAUUGGUUACAGUCAUGCAAAGAAGCCUUUCACGUGAAGAUUGAUGACAACUUGUUUGAUGGGGUCUUUGAGAAGAAAAAACAAUUUGUGUAGCAUUUUUUGAAAAAUAAUGGAAGCACGCCCUGCUUUUUCCAUUGAAAGAUCAAGUGCAAAGCAACUCAGUAGCAUGGGAAUGUCUGGAGCACUGUCUUCGUCUCUGCCUGUCCACCCAACACCCAUAGAAGAGACAUAUUCCAAGUUACCCGAUUCUCAGCAGGUUUUUGUGGAAAAAGAGCACUCGGAAAGACCUGUCGCUUACUCAAGUCAUUUAAAUUCCAGCGGAGCAGUUGGGCACAUGUUUUCAUCAUCCCCUGGAUAUUCUACUGAUCUUCAUCACUCAUCCCUUUCACCUCAUGGAAAACACUCAAGAAAUUCGCAUUUUAUUUCACAGUCUUCGAGUAACAUGGCAUCACUGCCAUUGACAUAUUCUUCAAGUACCGGACCACUGCCUUCUACAACAUCAACUUGUUAUUCCAAAGAAAGUAAUGGGUCGUGGGCUUUAGAUUCCUUCCCAAACAUUCUUGAUUUUCCUGUAGAUACUUCCAUUAAGGAUAGUCAAGUAGAAGGCAGUGCCUGCAAUAUGAUGGCACCUGAUGAGUAUGGUAAAAGAAAUGACUGGCAGGAGUGGGCUGAUCAACUGAUCAAUGAUGAUGAUGCAUUGGCUUCUAACUGGAACGACAUUCUUGUUGACCCCAGCAUUCAUGAUCCUGAACCAAAGGUGUCAUGCCAGAAUUCAAAAUCAUCUUCACAAUUGCCAGGGCAGCAGUCUCAAGGUCGCCAGCAACUUUCAGCUUCGUUGGGCGAAAAACAUGCUAGUGCUCCACCCUCUUCCUCAGCAAAUUCUGCUUCUGCCAAGCCACGAAUGCGUUGGACACCAGAGCUUCAUGAGGCCUUUGUGGAGGCUGUCAGCCAACUUGGUGGGAGUGAAAGAGCAACCCCUAAGGGUGUGCUGAAGCUUAUGAAAGUUGAAGGCUUAACAAUAUAUCAUGUUAAAAGCCACUUGCAGAAAUAUAGGACAGCUAGAUAUAGGCCGGAUUCAUCUGAAGGAUCCUCUGAGAAAAAGUUAACUCCAGUGGAAGAGAUGACAUCUCUAGACUUGAAAACUGGUAUUGAGCUCACUGAAGCUUUGAGACUCCAGAUGGAGGUUCAGAAGCGCCUGCAUGAACAACUAGAGAUUCAAAGGAAUUUGCAGUUGCGGAUUGAAGAACAAGGAAGGUGCCUCCAAAUGAUGUUUGAGCAGCAAUGCAAAUCUGGUGUCGAAAAGUUUAAGGCAGCAUCAUCUGCCAUUGAUGAUCCCUCUGGAGUGUCAUCAGAUGCUAUUAAAGAUUCUUCUGCCAAAACUGAAGUGGAUGUCUCCCAAGCGGGCCAUUGCCAAUCAGGAACUGAGCAAGAUAAUAGCAAUGCCAUAGUUGAAGAAUGCUUACUGAAAGAUGAUGACAAGCAUAAUGCUCCUGAAAGUCACAGUUCUGAUAGUCCUAAGCAACAUGCGAGUGAAGAUGAUGUUAAUGCUCAACCAUCAAAGCGUCAAAGGACAGACGAAUAAGUCAAAUCCCAAAUGAUCUGCUGAAUCAGCAUUUGACUGACUGGACAAUACUGAUUCAAGAAGAAAUUUUUGUUUAGUGAGAAAGACUAGGCUGAAUGUUGGGUAAAACCUCUUGGUAAUUAAUUCAAUGUGUAACUUUCAUUGUGUUAGAUAUAAGAUAAUGCGUCAAAGUUUUGAUAAUGAUUGUCUUCAAGCUCAACACGUUUUUUCCAUUGUGCAUCCUAGUCAUGCGAUGCUGAGAUUCCAAAUUGAGCUCAUUGAUUACUUCCAUGAAGGUGUUUGUUUGUACUUUGUAGUGAAUCAAUCAUAUCAUUAAUAAAAUUAUCGUCUUAUAUGGAAGACGUA